AAGCCUUCUGACGAGUGUGUUUAACAGCAACUAAAUGCGUUAAUUGUAUCAGAACAACAGAGACUCUGGACAUGUUGAUCACUGUCAACUGUUGGUCUGAAGUCUUGGUCAUUUGAAAAAGAACUUUCCGCAUUAUGAAAGACUUAAUGUAUUAUUAAAAACAAAUCUCAACGAAACCUAAGUGACCAUCAUCAGGUCACGUCGCAAUCUAAGCGUUAUUGUAAAUAAUUGUCGACAUCAUUGGUACAUAAAACCAGGUACGGUUGGAAUUUAGCAUUUCUUCUUGUAAUUUAUUAACUACACGUGUCAAAUGCUGACAUCACAUUGGAAUUUUAUGCUGGUAAAGUUAAGGAGGAAACACAAACGAGACGAUCAUUCCCACCCUGGAGUAAUUUUUCAAUGGUUGAGUCUGUACGGUUCUCAUCGUCUGUAUAAGGACAGCCCACAGACCGGCUUUACUCACAUCUGAUACAGAACCUCCGAGAACAUGUCUGAAGUAGCGCCUGCACCCGCUGUUGCCGCCUCCCCGGCGAAAGCCACCAAGAAGAAGCCCGCUGCCCGGCCGAAGAGGGUCGGCCCCAGUGUGAGCGACUUGAUCGUGAAAGCCGUGGCUGCGUCCAAAGAGCGAAGCGGAGUUUCUCUGCCAGCGCUCAAGAAGACUCUGGCUGCCGACGGCUACGACGUGGAGAAGAACAAUUCCCGGGUCAAGGCCGCCGUGAGGAGCUUGGUGUCCAAGGGAACCCUGCUCCAGGCCAAGGGCACCGGAGCGUCCGGAUCCUUCAAGAUCAGCAAGGAGGCAAAGAAACCCGCCGCCGUCAAGAAGCCCGCCGCCCCUAAAGCCAAGAAGCCCGCCGCCAAGAAACCCGCCGCGGCCAAGAAGGCCGUCACCCCGAAGAAGGUCAAGAAGACCCCAACCAAGAAGGUAUCUGUUAAGAAAGCGACCCCGAAGAAGGCAAAGAAGCCAGCCGCAGCUAAGAAGGUUGUGGCCAAGGUUACAAAGAAAACCGUCAAAAGCCCCAAAAAAGCUCCCAAGCCCGUUGCCAAGAAGUCUCCGGCAAAGAAGGCAGCAAAGCCCAAAGCAGCCAAGAAGGCCGCCCCCAAGAAGAAGUAAACUGUCCAUUUGAAUUCCCCCAAAGGCUCUUUUCAGAGCCACCCACACAACUUUAGGAG